AUGAAGCCAUCCGUCAAGGCAUUUAUAUCACUGUAUAGAACAAUGUCUUCACGUGUCAGGUAUGAUAUUCAAGAAAUGACAGAUCCAGAAUUUGGCGAGGUGAGGGGUGAGUUUCAAAAUUCAAGAGUAAAGGUGGGGGUUGGAUUCUCGAGAUCAACCAACAUCGCGUUGCAGCAACAUCAUGUUGCAGCAACAUCAUGUUGCAGCAACAUCAUGUUGCAGCAACAUCAUGUUGCAGCAACAUCAUAUUGCAGCAACAUCAUGUUCAUCGACAAAACAAAUUACAUCAAAUUAGAAGCAAAAUUCAAACAGGAAAUGGUUUUGGGAACCUCCUUGAAGUUUUUUUAUUUAGAACUAUACUCAUCUAAGUCUCAUGUUGAUAUGGUUUUUCAUAGAUGUUCCUGUUCCACCAAGCUAAUAAUAAGACCGCUGUUCAGCUUUCCUAAAUCCAUCAAACAUUAA